GUACGCGUCACUCGCCUUCUCUGCAUCGGCCACCAUCCAUCUUACUUCAAAACACGUAGAAGACUAAUCAAGCUUAACGAGACGCGAUGCCUCCACUUAAAGUAAAGAUCAAGCACGAUGGCAAGGUGCACGACGGCAUCACUCUUGACACGGACGCUCCGCCGUCCGCCUUCAAGCAGAAGGUUUACGAACGCACAGGCGUGCCUGUGGAUAGGAUGAAGGUCAUGGUGAAAGGUGGAGUGUUGAAGGACGAUUCGAACUGGUUAAAAAUUGCUCCUAAAGAAGGUCAAACAUUUAUGGUAAUAGGUGCUGCUGGAGAAUUACCCAAGCCACCAGAAAGGCCAGUCGUUUUCCUCGAAGACAUGGACGACGCCGAGCUCGCCGAAGCACUUUCACUUCCCGUUGGUUUCAAGAAUCUCGGGAACACGUGUUACAUGAAUGCCACACUACAAGUUCUCCGUGCAGUACCCGAGCUACAGACAGCACUCACAUCCUUCCGACCAUCCUCGUCAACUUCGGAAGGGAAUUCAUCGUUAACUCGAGCCUUGAGUGACAUGUAUGCGAGCUUGCGGACGUCUGUGGAUCCGUUCACUCCUCUCUCGUUCCUCUCCGUGUUGCGCCAAGCUGUACCCCAGUUUGGGGAACUAGCUCGUGUAGGGAAAGGCGGGAUGGGCGGAUAUGCUCAGCAAGAUGCAGAAGAGUAUUUUACACAGAUCAGUCAUGCGCUCCAGGCUAUUCCGGGUACAGGCGACUCGCGCAAGCGAUUCGUCGAACAAUACAUGAUGGCCGAGAUGCGCCGAGAGUUAAAAUGCGACGAAGCACCAGAAGAAGAACCGACCAUAACUUCUGAAAAAGUGCUCAAGCUCGAAUGUAACAUCUCCGCAACGACCAACUUCAUGCACACGGGCAUAAUGGACGCCCUGGACCAAAAAAUCGAGAAGAACUCUCCCUCACUCGGUCGUCAAGCCGUCUACACCCAACACUCCCGAUUCUCUCGCAUCCCAGUUAACCUAAUGGUCCACAUGGUCCGCUUCGCCUGGAAACGUGACAUCGCCAAAAAAGCGAAAAUCAUGCGCCGAGUAGCCUUCCCUCAAGAACUCGACGUACUCGACCUCUGUACUGUCGAGCUUCGCGAAAAACUCACUCCCGUGAACAAACGCCUGAAAGAAAUCGAGCGUGAUAGAGCCGAACGUCGGAAAGUCCGAAAGCGUACGAAGGCAGUCGCAGACGGACCGAGUCAGAGUGUGGAGGACGUCGAGAUGGCUGAUGCAGUUCGCGGAUUGGGCGGACCAGAGUCUCCCGUCCUCUUACAAACUCCGGCUCCCGCAUUGGCAGAACCGUUGACAGCAGACGCAGCAGCUGCUUCCAGCGCAGCUUCCGUCAGCAAGGGCAAAGGAAAGGAAGUCGAAGGCGGAGCCUUAGAACCCGAAAGCGUCUACCGUGAACGCGAACUCGCCGAACUCGAAGCUCUCGUCCCAGAUUCUAUCAAAUCCGAUACAGGUUCAAGUUGGACAGGACUCUACGAACUCGUGGGGAUCGUCACCCACAAAGGUGCAACAGCCGAUUCAGGCCAUUAUAUUGGAUUCGUGAAGAAAAACGCGUUGUUACCUGUGAAUGUUGGAAACGAGGAAGGACAGAAGGGUAAACUUGCGGAGGAUGAUGAGGAUUGGUAUAAGUUUGAUGAUGAGAAGGUGUCGAUUUUCCCACAGGAUAAGUUGAAUACGCUCGAAGGUGGAGGUGAGGACGCGUCAGCGUAUUUGCUGCUUUACCGAAGCAAGUCCUUAGCAUAGGGAAGGGACACAGCACAGCACAUGGUACGUAGCGCAUAGUGCUCGGUGCGAUGUGCGUAUUGCAAGAGACGUGUGGGUGUGGAAUAGUGCAGAUCGAUAAUAAUUCGUUAGUCAAUCAACAAUAUUACAGAAAAGAAUUUGCAAGGCAUGUAUGCAUAGACAUUGAGUUAUGUUGUGAAAUAAUAAUGAAUUUUGUGCUGUUAA